GUAGUUUAUGUCACCAAUUGAAUUGUGUAGAAACUAUGUUGAUAUAUAUACAAAGUAUAAAUGCAGUAUAGUGGUUUGUAUGCCAGUGUGAUUAUGUAUGUAUUUUUUUUUCGUGAAAUCACCUAGUUAAAAAAUUAUUGUGCAGAAAAAGUUAAAAGAAGUCAUUUACAUGUGGUUUUAAUUUUAUCAAUCGCUUUGGCUGACGUUGUUCCUGUUUGAUUUUGUGGUAGGCAGUAUGACUCAAGUUAGAAGUUGACCAGUAUCCUUGUCUAUCGAUAAAUGUGUUGGACCUAAAUCAAGUCUAGAUAGUUGAAAUUUACACACAGAAUUGUAGGACUUACACUCAGAACUGCAGGAGUUACACUUGGAAUUAAAUUCUACACCAGAUUUCAAUUCAAAUGAAAAAUUAUGGUUUAAGAAAUAAGAGCAGAUCUUUUAGAUAAAACAAUGGAACUUCUUGACAAACUUAAGACUGAAUGGAACGAAAAGUUUCCUGAUGAUGUUCUGCCUGAUAUUAUUCCAAAAGAUAAAAAGAUCUGUACAUCUGUGUUACUGGAUGUCAUCAGUAAGUCUGAGGAAGAAAUGCAAGGUUUGGAGAAAAGAAUUAAACAAUUGAAAUUAUUACAGGAGUUCUUAAAAGCGUUUGUGGAAAAAAUUCAAGACACUUCUGAGCAAGAUGCAAAUAAGUUAGAUAAUUCCAAUUCUAUUAUGUCUGAAAUCAGGAAACUAGCCACUGAGACUAUUGCUAUUUCAAAACAUAUUUAUGCAGACGAUUUUUAUCGGGAGACCGAACCUUCAGAUGCUGCGUCUGACGGCGAACCCAAAAAGCGUUCCAAUAGCGUUGAUUAUCACCUUACCAAGCGAACCAUGCUCGUAACUGAAAGUGAAAACAAAGAACUAAAUGCAAGUCCGAAUCAAGAAAAUGAUGUGUCUGAUAAAAAGCCGGUAACAUCACCACUUACCCACAGUUUUUCUACAGUUAUUCCUAAGACGAACAUAAUACGGAAGCCGCCAGUCAAACACCCAGUUAAAUUGCCCAGGAAUCGCCUCCGUGUAUCGAGCAUGUCGCCUGAGAUCGAAAUUGAAAAUACUGACACUUUUAAUAGUGACACAAGUUCUCUCACAAACGAGAAUAAAUUCUCAUCAGGUUUUAAAUCUACCAAAAGACCUAAACCGCCUAGUCUACCCCCUAAACCUAAAAAAUCUUUAUCUAUGAAGGGCUCUGGUUUAAGUGUUGCGCCUAAGCGUAGCAAUAGCUGCAACAGUAGCACCCCUAGCUGCAGUAGCAGCUGCAACAGUAACAUCAGCAGCACUAAUCAGAAUAAUGCUUGUUCUAUAGAGGAAAACAUUGAUAAUGCUACUGGUCAGUCGAGUGCUGCUAUAAACAGUGUUAAUUCAUCAACAUCACCAGUUGGCGGUGACAGUAAUACACUGAGUAAAAGAUUAACGACAAACAAUCAGGUCAAUUCAGUAGGUCAACAACAGCCUUUAUCAGCGGGACUAAAUACAAAAACGAGUUUACAAUCAAGCCAAGCAAACACAGCUCGCAACUGUAGCUGUCAAGGUAGUAGUAGUUUCACUAGCAACGGGGAAGAGAUCAUAGCAGCGGAAUAUCGAUCCCAUUCAUCUCGUGCUUCACUCAGCGGAUCCGAUCCAACUAAAGACUUGUUGAAGCCUUUCGUUGAUAAAGACGAAAAGAAACCCCAAUUUUCUGAGAAAGAACAGGAAAGUGACGAUCAUUUCGAAAAUCCUGAGACACAUGAAAGUCAGUGUAAACAAGCGUGUGUUGCUGAUACUGAGCAGACGUCUUUAUUGAGUGAAGAAGCGAACGAAGUAAAAGCCGAGUCGCCUGAGAACAACCCAGUCGUUGGUGUAGCGGGAGGAGAGUCUGGUGAUCUUGAGAUCGAAGUUGAAUGUGAUAAAAGCGAGGCUGAAAUCGGCAGCAACCAGAACGACCACCAGAAUGGUUGCGAAGAAAAUAAAAUAGUCACAGACACCAGUAAUAUCAACAGCAGCAACAUGUUGGGUUCUAAGAAGCACAAAGAGAUCCACAUUGUCAGCUAUCGGAAAUUAGAUGGAGACUUCAUUGAGACUCCUUUGCACAGCAGUUCGACUUUAGUCAAGCCUGAAAGGCGAACACAAAUGAGUGAUGAUGUUAUGACACGGUCAACAGGUGCUAUUGAGGAUUCUAGACUAUGGUCUUCCGACAGGGGUUUUGAUCGGAAGCGUAUUUCUUCACCGUUUGAUUUCCGAUUCAAUAAAUUCGAUGACAAAUCGAAGAGCCACGAAAUCGACGUUUCUCUUACCGAGAAACCUGAGGAAAUUAACUUUUUGAAUAGCAAAUCACAUGGGUUAGCGAAUGGUAAGCAAAUCGAAGGUUCUGUUCCGAAAGAGCAAGAAAUCAAAAAUGAAAGAAAAGCCUCCAUCGAUGACCAAUCCUCGAACAUCAUGCAGCAAUCUAUUGAUAUGAGAAAAUCUUUUGCUGAGUUUACGGACGUUGAUUCAGAUUCUUCAGACAUAAAAGUAGGCAAGAAUUCAUCACAGCAAAGUUUGAUAUCACAGACUAUGGACACAGAUGAUUGUACUGAUGAUGAAAAUUUCUUACCAGAAUAUGACUUUAUUCGAGAGUAUGAAGAAUCAGCAGAUGAUGCGAAUUUACUAAAGAUGAGGGAACGAGCCAUUCGAGGUUUCCUGGCUCAAGAAGAAACUUUUAUCAAAUACUUAGAGCAUUUAGAAAAGCUGAUGGAGAAGUUCAGUUCAUUAGUGAACAGUAAGGACAGUAUACUAACUCAACAAGAAAUAGCAAGCAUUUUUUCCAAUGUCCCCAAGAUUUUGAAUGUCCAUAGAGAAUGUGUGCUGCAGCUGACUCCAAAGGUGCAGAAUUGGAGUCAUCCAGAGACUGUUGGACCAACACUAAAAGAACUUGUAAGUUUAUGAGUUUCCUUCUGUAUU